GUCCGCUCCUAUCCCCUUCCCUUGCUCUCAACCGACGUCGUCGACACUUCACGAGGUAUGUACAACCUGUUGCCUCACCCUGUUCUGCAGCCUCUCAGCUAGUCUGGGAAAGCAAUCACCCGGGUUUUUCGGUGUUUUACUUGCAGGUGUAGCAACCGACAGCAAUGAAGACGAUCAGAAGACCGGCGUGAUACGCUUCUCCUCAUACGGCACGGGCUGAAGAACCCUUUAUGGACUGCAUCAGGGGCACUCUUUGCGCUCGAGGACUACUGGUGGCUGACUGUUGGACUCCGGUAAAUCCUCCUCGCACCUGAAACGGUGCCGAGAGGAUUCUAGGUUGGAGUUAUCUCGAUCCAGAUACCUCAUUUCCUCUCGCAUUCCCUCGAUUUGAGAAUCUCGCCAUCCUACCGUCAAAAUGGUCAAGACUUCCGUCCUCAACGAUGCGCUUAACGCCAUCAACAACGCCGAGAAGGCCGGUCGCCGUCAGGUUCUGAUCCGCCCCUCCUCCAAGGUCAUCAUCAAGUUCCUGUCCGUCAUGCAGAAGCACGGCUACAUUGGCGAGUUCGAGGAGGUCGAUGACCACCGCUCCGGCAAGAUCGUUAUCCAGCUCAACGGUCGCCUCAACAAGACCGGUGUCAUCAACCCCCGCUACCCCGUCCAGCUCCGUGACCUCGAGAAGUGGACCACCCAGCUCCUUCCCUCCCGUCAGUUCGGUUUCGUCGUCCUGACCACCUCCGCUGGUAUCAUGGACCACGAGGAGGCUCGCCGCAAGCACGUUGCCGGCAAGCUCCUUGGUUUCUUUUACUAAAAAGUUUCGUCACGAGAUGUGGAACGAUCGGAAUGUGAUCUGUGAUAAUGUGG